GUUUCUUCUGUCGAGCGAGAGCGGGACAUGCUGAAAGUUUCCUUUUCCACCGGCCAGGGGGCAGUGCGAUCUGGUCACAUCUUGUGGGCCAUCGGUAGACAUCCAGACAACGACUGUGGACUGCCGCUCACGAAAGUGGAGACGGAUGACGGAGGGCAUAUAAAAGUGGAUAAGUACCAGAACACAUCCCAGCCCAAUAUCUAUGCACUGGGAGACGUGUGUGGGAAAUGGCUACUCACCCCAGUGGCCAUCGCUGCCGGUAGAAAGCUGGCAAUACGAUUGUUCGGUGGAGAUUCGGCGGCAUUUCUGGAUUAUUCGGACAUCCCGUCGGUCAUUUUCAGUCAUCCCCCCGCUGCUUCCACCGGCCUAUCUGAAGAUGCUGCGGUCAGGAUGCACGGGCGAGACAAUGUCCGAGUGUACAGUACUUCCUUCGUGCCCAUGUACUAUGCCCCCGAAGAGAAAGUCAAGUGCCACAUGAAACUGGUCUGCCUCAAGCCCCUGGAGAAAGUGAUUGGCCUCCACAUGGUGGGUCCUGGGUGUGACGAGAUGCUCCAGGGUUUCGCCGUGGCCAUCAAGAUGGGGGCCACCAAGAGACAGUUCGAUGACUGUGUGGCCAUCCACCCCACUUCAGCCGAAGAGUUGGUGACCAUGCGAUGACCCCCUCAUCCGACGACUGCGAUUUUUAAAACGUGUUCUCCUACGAUGCAGUAUGGAGCCUCGAGUUCGGAAUGAUCCCCGGACUGCAACUUUUCCAGAUUUUAGAUCUUGACUGAAAGAUGACAAAAAUUAGGACGUUGUGUGUGUGUGUGAGCAAUCGGGGGCCGUUCGUUAGUUGUACGUAAGGAUGGUUUUGGCAAAUUUUGACCAGACCUCAUGUAAGGAUACGUAAGAUUUUUCAAAUCCCUCUCCCUAUUCCAUACCUGCCAACCCUUCCGGAUUUCCCGGAAGUUUUACGGAUUUUUAUGUCCUUUUCCGUUUUUCCGGUUAUGAGCAAAAAUCUUCCGGAUUUUUCACGUUUUGUAGGAAAAAUAAUU